GAGCUUGGAUUCCCUGCGGGGGAUGGGCGCACAGGGGGGCGUGUUGGCGAAAGGGGUGCACACUGGCAACUUUCCCUGCGUGAAACAAAGCGGUGCCGGGUUGAGGCGAAGGUGAAAGAUCCGGCUGAGGAUCUCAGACCUCUGAAGGUUGACACCUCCCCCCACCCAGUGGUGUGCACCCCGAGGCCCUCUGGAAAGGACAGAUGGGGGCGCCAGACUGAAUGGAAGCUGGAGAGCCAGGUCUAGGGAGUGGGAACCACAGACCCUCCUGACUUUGCGGGCCCAAAGGACCUAUUGCCUUCUCCUCCGUGUGCAAGAAAGAACUGGGUGCUUGAUGGAACCAGGUUCCUCCAGUUUACAGAGCGCUUGCAUAUGACCAUUGGCUCUUGUCCUAUGGCAGCCCUGCCGUCCAAGAGCUCAGGUCAUUUACCUGGUUGGAAGGCAGAGCCCCAUCUGCUUCUAUGGUCUGACUGAGAUAGGAGGUGCAGGACGCUCUGGACUUCUGGGUGAUCCUCCUGCGUCUCUCUGACUGAAGACGGUGGCCCUGGCCUGACCUCCCCAGCAGCAAGGGUGCGAAAAGCCUUUUCCAUGGACAGAUUGUUCUCCAGAUACACAGGCUGUGAGAGACACCUGGAAGCUGCCAGCCAACCAGCCAAGAAUUAGGUGAGCUCUGGGGUGGAUGCUCAUCCACAUCGCUGAGAAUGGCACCAAGGUCCGGUCUGCUACCAAGACAAGGUUAAACCGGGACACAGCUUCAUAGUGAUCCUGAUGUCUGUUCCUAGCCACACAAUCAAGGCUGUGUUAACAGGAAGCCCAAGCUGUCACCAUGGCUUCUGCCGAGCCCCUUACAGCGCUGUCCCGUUGGUACCUGUACGCCAUCCACGGCUACUUCUGCGAGGUGAUGUUCACGGCGGCCUGGGAGUUCGUGGUGAAUUUUAACUGGAAGUUCCCAGGGGUCACCAGCGUGUGGGCCCUCUUCAUCUAUGGCACCUCCAUCCUGAUAGUGGAGCGCAUGUACCUGCGCCUGCGCGGCCGCUGUCCUCUGCUGGUGCGCUGCCUCAUCUACACGCUCUGGACCUACCUGUGGGAGUUCACCACCGGCUUCAUUCUGCGCCAGUUCAACGCCUGUCCCUGGGACUACUCCCAGUUCGACUUUGAUUUCAUGGGUCUCAUCACCCUGGAGUACGCCGUGCCCUGGUUCUGUGGGGCCCUCAUUAUGGAACAGUUUAUCAUCCGCAACACCCUCCGCCUACGCUUUGACAAGGACGCAGAGCCCGGGGAGCCUGCUAGUCCGCCAGCCCUGGCCAAUGGCCACGUCAAGACCGACUGAGUGAAAAGACGAAUGUGAAGACCUAAGGUCUCUUCUAGGAACCCAAGGACAGAGACCAAGCUGGUGGGGUUAUCUCUUGGUUCAGCACAAGCCCUGCCCCCAACGGGGCCUUAGCCCAGUAGGGCAAACGCAACCACAUAUGGUGGGCAGUGGGAUGGUGUUGGGAAGUUGGGUGUUCAGACAGCAGAAGGACACUGGGACUGGUCCAUGGCUCUCCACCCAUCCUGGGGGCUAGGGCCUGGGCAAUAAACAACUGGACUUCUUGGAUGAUUUUGGAAGCAGCAGGCCUGUCCUGGCGAAGGGACAUGAACUCUGGGGCCACAGGUGAGAGGCAAGGUCUGAGGAGGCCUUGGCUGCCGUUGGGGCCACCACCCCACCUGCCCCCUGGCUUCAGCUGGGCUUUGGCUGGUCCCAUUAGGCAAUAUUCAGGUGCUUGCUUGCAACCAAUACCUCCCCGAGGGCCUCUGAGCUGCAGCCUGAGAGAGACCCAGCAGCCAGUAGGCUGCUUGGUGGCAUUGCUCCUGUACAAGGGCUGGGAAAACUUCCUUUGGCCCCUCUCCCUCCCCCAGGGCCCCACGCUGCUCCCUUGGCCUUCUGGGGGCCCCUGUGGUGCUGGAUUCCCACCAACCUUGGGCUUUUGGAGGUUUCAAUCCCGUGUGUUCGGUGGUGUUUCCCCUUUCUCUUUUGUUCAGGACAUUUACCACGAGCAGGCAGCGCUUUUCUGUGUCGUCACUGUAUCCUCCCCCUCUCCCAGCUCCCUAGAGAACACGGCAGUGGCUGGAGGCACAGCUCUAAAAUGGACCCCACCUGCCUUCCUGGAACCUUCCCUCCACCUUCAUAUGGGGGGCUGGGUGCAGCCCGGUGCCCCCUCCCAGCAGAAGUCCUACUGAAAAUGCAUAGUAUCCCCCCACCCAAUGUACAUCUAGUGUUCUAUAGAUCCACUGUGGAGGGGCAGAGUUUUAGGUUCUAGAUGCCCACUCUGGUUUAUCUGCAAGCCAGUCAAUAUGGCUUCCUGUGAGACAGAGGAGCAGGGAUCUAGUUGGAGACUCACGAGGAACAAGGCAGAUGUAGAAGACCACGGAAGGCUCUUUGGAGCCUCUUCCUGGAAAAAGAUGAGUUCUACCAUAGCCUCAGCUCGGCAGCCACCUCUCGGAGCUGCUCCUCCUACAAACCCCUGGCCGGGAUGACCCUUUGAGCUUGUUCCUCAAAUAGUGUUAACCCUGCCACACUCGGGCAUUGUCAGCUCCGUCGUCUUAGCUUUCCCCCAUGCUGCUGGGUCCAUUGCAGGCAGUGGACAGGUGAAAUCCUUAUUCCAGGUUCUCUGAUUUUAUCCUCUGCUCUUUGAAAGGAUGAGGUCCAUCCCACACAGCAGUCACCUCUUGGCCACCCUGGGGACUCUGAGAUAGAAGUCGGCCUUUUCUUUCUUACAAAUCAUUUAAAAGGUGGCAGUGCCACAUGGAGAGAGAGUCUCUGAAGCAUGCAGACAGCAGCGGGCCAGGGCCAGCAGCGGGACGUCCUGCCGCUGGAGAAAGACUCAGCCUUCCAUGGCAUCUUUCCCCACGGCUUUCUCUGGCCAGGGCAGAUUGAAGUGUUUCCCUGAGUAGGUAUCUCAUCACCAAACACCAUUCUGGGGUGUGGGACGGGCUGCUUUUUGUUUUACUGUAGCCCUGAUUCCAUGGCCCUGUGGGUUACAGGAGUCCAGGCUUCCAAAGGGAGUGGCUGCUUUCCAUCCACAAAUGGAGAGAAUUCCUUAUUGUGUAGGUCCCUUCCUCCAGUUCCAUGUUAUCUCAAACCCCUGAAUCCUAACGCCUCUCCAGGCCACCUCACGCCCACCUUCACAACUGAAUCCAGUGGCUUGCUGAGGUGUCCCAGCAGUAAGACUCCAAUUUUUAACCAGAGAAAGCCACUGGGUGGCCCCCGGUCUCAGCACUCCAGAUGUCGCCUGGCAGGCAACCCUCCGACACCAUUUUUCUCAAGGCCCUUUAAUCCUAUGUCAGGACGGUUUCCUGGAGCGAAGCUGCUUGCCUGGAAAUACUCAGCAUCGUGGUCUGCUUAUGCGGGUCCCCCCAGCCCCCUUCUCCUAUGGUCCCUCAUAGGCACACAGUCCCCCCAGCCAGGGGAAGCUACACAUAAGGCCUGACCACAGGCCUGCAGGCUCAGAUCUCACCAAGUGUAGCCCAGACUUCAGCUCUUGCUUUAUUGCCUGUCUUCAUGGCUCCAACCCCUUAGUGCUUGGGAGGCACAAAGGUUGGGGUAAUCAAGCCCUUCUGAGCAGUGAGGAGUCUGCUGGCUGUUUCUGGAGCCCAAGGCAGCCAUCUCAGAGGUGCAGAUGUCAUGAGUAUGCGGCCCUGCAUGGUUGAGUUGCUUUGGAUGAACGCUAGGCUCCCAGUGCCCUGUCCCCUUCUCAUGCCAGAGAGUCACAAUGGCCUGUGCUUAUUCACAGCAAUAAUACAUAGGGAGUGUCUGUGAGUCCCUUUUGUUCUGGUCCUUCCUUCUUCAUGGACCGAUCUCCCAGGAGGCUGCUGAGUGGGUCAGCUCACAGGAGAAUUUAUUUCUGAAGCUCUGGGCUGUGUGAAGCCUUGCUGCAGGAGGCAGGUGGGAGGCCUAGCCAUGAACUCUGAAUCAGGCAGAUGGAGUGCCUUCCACCCUGAGGCCAUCCAUUCCUGGACGAACUGUAGGCCCCGGCUUUGGAACAGGGCCUUUGAAGUGGAUAGGACUGUUUUCCAACUGGACAGCUCUUGAGAAAGGCACAUAGCUGAUUGUGUGAGCCCAUUGCCUGCUAUGUCUGUUUGUCUGUCUUUUCCUUUUCAUAAUUGUGCACAUAAAAUAUACUGGUGUUUGUUCCUGGA